AUGCCAUUCUCUUCCCAAUAUGGCUCGCUCUUCGAGCAAAACAGCGAGCAGUUUGACUUCAACAUAGACUUUGAGCAAGUCUUCUUCGCUAUCAUCCCAUCUGCUCUCUUCAUAAUACCCGCGUUAUGGAGGACAAUUUCCCUUUCUCGAAGGCCCAUCGUCGUUAACGCUUCCGUCUUUCGACUUGUCAAAGUGGGUGCCAUUACCGCGUACGCAGCGCUUCAACUUGCGCUCGUCGUCCUAGCCGCCGCUGGUCACUUUCAUGCCACAGCUAUGUUCAUGGCGACCUCUGUCAUCAAGCUGCUAGCGGCCGUUGCCAUGCUGCCUCUAAGUGUCGUUGAGCACUCUCGAACCCCUCGGCCGUCUAUGCUGCUAAUGAGCUACUUGAUCCUGACGCUUCUCCUCGACGCAGCCCAGUCGAGGACGCUCUACUUAUCACUAUCAUCCGCCGUAUCUACUGAGCGCGCUUAUAGCAACCUCUUUACUGCCGCUGUGGCCGUCAAAGUUGUUGUGCUGCUAUUGGAAUCCCAGCAUAAAUCCAGAUGGGUUCACUGGGACAAAAAGGAGCAUAGCCCAGAGGAAACAAGUGGCAUCUUCUCCCUUGGUGUCUUCUUCUGGCUCAACCGAUUGUUCCUAACCGGAUACAAUAAGGUUCUGUCUAUCAAUGAUCUAUACCCCCUGGAUGGUGCCAUGGACCCAACAAGACUGCACGAGAAAUUCUCUCGACAUCUUGCCAUACCAAAGAUGAAGGGUGAUAAGUAUGGCCUUACCAAGGUCCUUAUGCGCACGCUUAUAGGUCCACUUCUACUCCCUACUAUCCCCCGUCUCGCCCUCUUGGGGUUUUCCUUUGCUCAGCCACUCUUUAUCGAGGGGCUCCUCAAUUACCUCUCGGGGAAUAUGCUUAACCAAAAUGUUGGCUACGGCUUUAUUGGCGCCAGCUUUUUUAUCUACUCUGGCAUUGUGAUUAGCUGGGCCUUCCACCGAUACUAUCAUCAUCGUAUGCGCACUAUGCUGAGAUCUAUUCUCGUCACUGAGACGUUCAUAACGGCUACAAAUGCUCGCAUCGGGAAUGACGACAGCGCUGCGCUAACCUUAAUGAGCACCGAUAUUGAGCGAAUCAGAAUGGGUUUUCGACAACUGCAUGAUGUCUGGGCAAGUCUGAUCCAGGUGGCACUAUGCGCGUGGAUGUUGGACAGGCGACUCGGCGUUGUCUUUGUGGCUCCUAUCGUCGUUGUGCUUCUUUGCUUCUUGAGCCUUGCUAUUCUCAUGAAGUUUAUCGGAACGGCGCAGAGGAGAUGGAUGUCCCUAGUGCAGAAGCGCGUUGGUUUGACAGCUACUGUCAUCGCUAGUAUGAAGAAUCUUAAGAUAUCCGGUCUUUCUUCGUCCGUGAGCACAUUUGUGCAGAAGCUCCGAGUCGAGGAGCUUACGGCAGGAGUCCGAUAUCGUAAGAUCUAUAUCGGGGCCGCCCUGCUUGGCUUUAUUCCAUUGCUUAUCAGCCCGGCCCUAACGUUUGCCUUUACACAGAGUCGACUAGAUUCGUCAAAGGUAUUCACAAAUCUCUCUUUCCUAACCCUUAUGACACAGCCCCUAUCGCAGAUUUUCCAGACUAUUCCCGAAGUCAUCUCCGGCCUAGCUUGCAUUAGCAGAAUUCAGGCCUUUAUGGAGUGCGAGACUCGCGAAGACUUCCGUAAAGUCGCAAUUUCCUUCGAGAAACACUCCGAAAAGGACUCGCUUAGCAGUCAGCCGUCACCCGAGUCCGAAGUGGUCAUUGAGAAUGGAAGCUUCGGAUGGGAGCAAGAUAAAUUUGUCCUACAAGACAUCAACGCCAAGAUACCAAAUUCGUCACUUACCCUUGUUGUCGGACCUGUUGGCUCGGGCAAGUCUACUCUUUGCAAGGCGCUACUUGGAGAAAUUCCUUUUCAUCAAGGCAAAGUCACACUACGCACACAUGCCUCGGCUUCGUUCGUCGGGUUCUGCGACCAGACUGCGUUUGUGUUGAACGGAACCAUCAAGGAAAACAUUAUAGGUUUCUCUCCGGUGAACGAGGAUAGAUAUGCUGAGGUCAUCGAGGCAACGUCUCUCGCCUUUGACUUUGACACCCUAGCACAAGGCGAUGAGACAAACGUAGGUUCCGACGGCAUCUCUCUAUCCGGAGGCCAGAAGCAGCGCAUUUCUCUAGCACGUGCCCUAUACCUACAAGCCCACUUCCUUAUUCUCGAUGACGUCUUCAGUGGCUUAGAUGCGGACACAGAAGAGCAAGUCUUCCGCAAAGUCUUCGGACCAGCAGGACUAUUAAGACGCCGCCAAACCACCGUUCUGCUCUGCACUCACAGCGUCCGACACCUACAGGCGGCAGACCACGUUAUCGCCCUUGGCGGAGACGGUGGCAUUAGUGAGCAGGGCACAUUUGAUGCAUUAAUGGCUGGUAAUGGCUAUGUCCACCGUGUGGGGUUGAAGGGCUUGUCCGAAAGCAAGACAACCUCGGAGGAAUCUAGCAUCGAAAAUAGCGCACAGGAAUCUUCAUCGCCGGCAGAGAAGAUAAAAGCAGCCAAGCUUAUCGUUACCCCCAAUAUGGAUGCGUCGCGGAAAGUUGGAGAUGGCACCGUCUACAAGCAGUACAUGAAGAGCAUGGGACGGCUGCUCGCAGGGUCUGCCAUUCUCUUUGCUUCACUCUGGGGCUUCUUCCUGAAUUUUUCCACAAUCUGCAAGUACUCCAUGUCUUUGAAUACGGUAUGCAUUCCGAAGGAGGCGCACUCUUCCGCUUACUGGGCCGGAAUCUACGCGCUGUUUCAGAUCUCUGCCUUAAUCUCACUCUUCCUACUUGGCGCCUCCAUUUGGAUCGUCUCCAUCAAACGCGCUGGUGCAAACCUACACGAGGACAUUUUGAAGACAUUGUUCCGAGCACCACUCCGCUUCUUUACCGAAACCGACAUUGGUGUUACAACAAACUUGUUUUCGCAAGAUUUGAACCUUAUUGACACGGAGCUGCCAGAUGCCACAGUCAGCACCCUCUUUUCGAUUACCCAAGUUAUUGGGCAAAUGGCUGUUAUGCUUACGGCGGCUCCCUACUUGGCCGUCACCUUCCCCUUCCUCGCCGCCCUCCUGUAUGUGCUGCAAAAGUUUUACCUGCGCACUUCAAGGCAACUUCGAUUGCUCGACCUAGAGGCCAAAAGCCCGCUAUACACGCACUUUCUUGACAUUGUUAGAGGCAUCACAACUUUGCGAGCGUUCGGCUUUAUCCGUGAAGAUAUCCAUAAGAACGCCCGUCUUCUGACUUCGAGCCAGCGACCUUCGUAUCUCCUUCUCAUGAUCCAGGAAUGGCUAAAUGUUGUCCUCGACGUGGUAGUGAUGCUGUUGGCAGUAGGGCUGACAACGUUUGCCGUGCGAUUCCAUUCUAACUCUUCAUUCACCGGUGCUGCUCUGUACAGUCUUUUGAGUUUUGGAGAGAACCUCACUGGCAUUGUUCUUUUUUGGACUAAACUUGAAACCUCGCUUGGUGCAAUUGCUAGACUCAAGACAUUUACUGAGACGGUUGAGCCCGAGGAUAGAGAUGGAGAGGACAUCGACGCACCCGAACAGUGGCCUCAGCGCGGCGUGGUGGAACUGAAGGGAGUUUCAGCAAAAUAUGCCACUGACGAUCAGAACGAUGAGGCCACCAGCCUUGCUCUCCGCAAUAUACAACUAACUAUUAACUCGGGAGAAAAGAUUGCUAUUUGUGGUCGCACCGGUAGCGGCAAAUCCAGCCUCGUCGCCCUGCUUCUAAAGCUCCUGGAUCCAAUAGCCACCACGGCAGAGAACAUCGUGAUUGACGACCUACCGCUCCAUCGGCUAAACCGAUCCGUGCUACGCCAGCGCAUCAUCGCAGUGCCCCAAGAGGCCGUCUUUUUGCCCGAUGGGUCUACGGUUCAGAACAAUCUUGAUGUGUCUGAGGAGGCUACCCCUGAGGAGUGCAAGACCGUACUUAAAUCCGUCGGCUUAUGGGAGUUUGUCAAGGAGCGAGGCGGCUUAGCCGCCGGAAUGAACUCAUCAAGCUUCAGCAAUGGACAGCGGCAGCUGCUCUCGUUUGGCCGAGCCCUUCUCAGACGCUCCGUUCGAGAGCGCAAAUUUGGGGCGGCUGUGCAGCUCGGCGGUAUUUUGCUUCUGGACGAAGUGAGCUCAAGCGUGGAUCAGGAGACCGAACGUAUAAUGCAGGAGACUAUUAGGACCGAGUUCGAGAACUACACGGUGAUUGCAGUCAGUCAUCGAUUGGACAUGAUUAUGGACUUUGAUAGGGUGGUGGUGAUGGAUACCGGCGAGAUUGUGGAGGUGGGCAAGCCAGCUGUUUUAGCCCGAGAAGCUGGAACUAGGUUUGGUGAUUUGUUUAUGAAUGUUACGCUGUAUCAAACUAAUAAGAAUGAAACGACUCAGAAGCUAGAGUUCCUCUUUUACGAAGAACCUACCAAUCAUUUCAUUGUCGCGGAUAGCGUCCCCACCUCCCCUUGCGAGGGCCCCUCGAUUAAUCGCCGAGAUAUAAACCUUGGCUCUUAUGAGGUAGCCGUACCAUUCAUAAUGAGCUCCCUAUCACAAACUCCCAGCGAACCGACACAGAAGCGCCGGAAGAUCCGGAAAGGCACUUUCAGCUGCUGGGAAUGUAAGAAUCGUAAGAUUCGAUGCCAGUUCAUCACAUCUUCUGCAACAAUAUGUGUCUUUUGCCAGCACAAUGGAGUGCCGUGCAUCAGCCAGGACCGCCCUAAUCCCGAAGAUACAAGCUAUCAAGCCGUGGAAUGGCGCCUUAACUACGUUGAGGGUCUAGUGGCGACGCUGAUACAGCACCAAAAGGCCCAUUCACCAUCCCAAAGAUCACCGGUCAACCAGCAGGUGAACAAAAAUUUGUUCAAGAAUAUUGUAGACCCCAGGGCGAUACAUUCUCACAGGCCAGGCAACUAUGCCACUCUCGAGAGAGGCUCUCUGGGCCAUGUUCAAUCAUUACUUCCAUCAGCUGUCAUUUUUAAGCAAAUUUUGGAUCGCAGCCCGCUCCGUGUUCGACCGUUUCAUUUGCUAUUCUGUUCAACUACAUCUACCCAGGUCGACCUCCAAUCUUCAUCGGAGUCCAAUCAGCUAGUGCACCUUGCGCAGAGAAUCGUCCAACUUGCCCUAUGUUUACAGCAGCCGAAGCAGAACGUGCUAGAGCUCCGGUUUGACCAGCCUAGUCCCGAGAUGGCACAUUAUUUUAUCGGCGUCGCGUCUCGCUAUAUCACCUCCCAGGACCUACUCGUCGACUCUCUCGAUGGCGUAGAGACACUCAGUCUGGAGGCUCGCUUUCAUCUCCAUGUAGGCAAUCUCCAGGAUGCCCGACUUCUCUUCCGUCGCGCAUUAGGAAUCGCCCGCUUGCUGCUCCUCCCAUGUCGGAAGCAUGAGGACAACCGUGCAGAAUCCCUAUGGUUCCGUUUAGUCUACAGUGAUCGCUUUCUAUCCCUUAUGCUAGGACUUCCUUUUGUCGAUGUGGACUGUCAGCUCACUGGUAAACGGCAAAUUGUCGCUGACCGGUGGUCUGAUCAGUUGGAGCGCAUCCAUGUUGUGGUCGUAGGCAGGAUCAUUGCCAGAAACCUCCGCAUGCAGAAACACCAUGGAAACCAACCUGACAUGUACGAAACCCCUGUCAAUGUCUACCAAGAGACACAGGACAUCGAUAUUCAGCUCAAAAGGGCCAGCCGUAUACCCCCCGUGGAACAGUUUGUUCGGAUUCUGACGCAGAUGCAUCAAUUCUAUCUGGUGGUUUCUCUUCAUCAGCCAUACCUUCUAGAAUACCUCAGUCUAGAAUCAACACCACAUCGUCAAAUACUUGCCGAUCCGUCACCAAACUAUGCGUACAGCAAACUGGCCAUUCUCUACGCAAGCCGCGAGCUUCUUGCUCACUUUGGCAUGAUCCUUAAUGCCCUCCAGAAUAUUCCACACCGCGGCUUUGUGGAGAAGGCGUUUUCUUCUGCAAUGUGCCUCCUGAUGAUACAUAUGGAUGGGCAUCGCCUCAAGACAGAAAAUGUGUUAGAGCACCAGCGUCCUAGGGACUUGGCUGUCAUUGAUGGCGUGAUUCAUGCUAUGGAGGAAAUCUCUAACGUUCAUAAAGACAGCCUGACCCAGUCCUGUGUGAAGAUCCUAUCUACAUUAGUACGCAUGGAGGAGUAUGCAGCAAACGGAGCCGAAUAUAUUACAUGGCUGGAGCCUGAAACCCAAGAGAGCAAUGAGACUCAGGCGAUAAUCGAAGAUCAGAGGAUAAGCUUCCCAUUGCCGUAUUUUGGCAGGCUCCAUGUCUCAUGUGAAACGUCUCCAGAUCCCCCGAAUUGCGACUAA